AAACCCCUUUUCACUCUCUUUUUCUUUUCCCUCAUUGAAAACUGCAGUAUCCCAGUUUUUAUUUUUGCUUAGAACAGAGGGAUACCAGAACAUAUAUACAUAGAAUACACCACAGCAUCAGACAAGCCUAUCUCCAUGUCUGAUUCCCCCCUCACUCUCUGUUCUUUUAUAUCCCUCCUCCUUCCCCUUCUUCUCAUCUUCAUCCUCUUCAGAAGAAAACAGCCCAGGCCUAAUCUCCCCCCUGGAAGAAUGGGUUGGCCCUUUCUUGGCGAAACCAUUGGCUAUUUGAAGCCUUAUUCUGCUACUACUGUUGGAGAGUACAUGGAGCAGCACAUAGCAAGGUACGGUAAGAUUUACAAGUCCAAGUUGUUUGGGGAACCGGCUAUAGUGUCAGCCGAUGCAGGCCUGAACAGGUUCAUAUUGCAGAACGAAGGGAAAUUGUUCGAAUGUAGCUAUCCCAGAAGCAUUGGAGGAAUCCUGGGAAAAUGGUCUAUGUUGGUGUUAGUGGGUGACAUGCAUAGAGACAUGAGGGUCAUAUCUCUUAACUUUCUCAGCCAUGCGAGGCUACGAACACAUCUGUUGAAAGAGGUUGAAAAGCAUACCCUGCUUGUUCUUAGCUCAUGGACGGAAAAUUCUACGUUCUCUGCUCAAGAUGAAGCCAAGAAGUUCACCUUCAAUUUGAUGGCGAGCCAUAUUAUGAGUUUGGAUCCUGGGAAUCUUGAAACAGAGCAAUUGAAGAAAGAGUACGUGACAUUCAUGAAGGGGGUGGUUUCAGCUCCUUUGAAUUUUCCUGGAACUGCUUACAGGAGGGCCUUAAAGUCUCGGUCCACCAUACUGAAUUUCAUAGAGGGGAAAAUGGAAGAAAGAUUGAAGAGAAUGAAGGAGGGGAAUGAAAGUCUGGAGGAAGAUGAUCUUCUGAACUGGGUUCUGAAGCAUUCGAAUCUCUCAACAGAGCAGAUUCUCGACUUGAUUCUGAGCUUGCUCUUCGCUGGGCAUGAAACUUCAUCCGUAGCUAUAGCUUUAGCUAUUUACUUCUUACCCGGCUGUCCUCGAGCUAUCCAGCAACUAAGGGAAGAACACACGAAAAUAGCGAAAGCGAAGAAGGAAGCCGGGGAAACGGAACUGACUUGGGAAGACUACAAAAGUAUGGAAUUUACUCAUUGUGUUGUGAACGAGACACUUCGGCUGGGAAACGUCGUGAGGUUCCUUCACAGGAAGGCUCUCAAGGAUGUUAGGUACAAAGGUUAUGACAUUCCAUGUGGGUGGAAAGUCUUGCCUGUGAUUGCAGCCGUGCAUCUGGAUCCUUCACUUUUUGACCAACCUCAACACUUCAAUCCAUGGAGAUGGCAGAACAACAAUAACAGCAACAAUAAUGGAAGUGGCCGUGGAGGUUCUUGCCCAAGUGGAAGCAACAGUAAAGCUAGUCACAACUUCAUGCCGUUCGGUGGAGGACCAAGGCUGUGUGCAGGAUCGGAGCUGGCUAAACUGGAAAUGGCAGUGUUCGUUCACCAUCUCGUCCUCAACUUUCAAUGGCAUUUGGCUGAUGAGACCGAUCAAGCUUAUGCCUACCCUUUUGUCGAUUUUCCUAAAGGCCUGCCCAUCACAGUCCAACGUCACUCUUUGAUUUGAUCCUUUUAUAAAGCUAUACAGUUGCAGCCAGAUCAGAGGAAUUAGGGGAAAGAUAUAUAAUGAUUGUUAUUAUUAGGUGUCUCUUAUCCAUCAAGUUCUUUAAUAAAAACGCGACAUGCGAAUAAAUUUUUGUUGAAAGAAUUACACCACCUUUACAUGUCAUGUUUUUGUUAAAAGAACUUAGUGACAAAUUCUUCCUCCGUCUCUUGUUGGAUUUUGCCGCAGUA